AUGACGAAAUCUUUAGAUCAUAACAAAGCAUUCGGUUGGGCAGCUAACGACAAUUCCGGCGUCCUCUCUCCAUUUCAUUUCUUAAGAAGAGAGAAUGGUGACAACGAUGUAACAGUGAAGAUCUUGUUCUGUGGUGUUUGCCACUCUGAUCUUCAUACCAUCAAGAACGAUUGGGGAUUCUCUCAUUACCCAAUCAUUCCCGGACAUGAAAUCGUUGGAAUCGCAACAAAAGUUGGUAAGAAUGUGACAAAGUUCAAAGAAGGAGACCGAGUAGGGGUAGGAGUAAUAAUCGGCUCAUGCCAAUCAUGUGAAUCAUGUAACCAAGACCUAGAAAACUAUUGUCCUAAAAGCGUAUUCACAUACAACUCUCGUUCAUCUGACGGAACCAGAAACCAAGGUGGCUAUUCCGACAAAAUCGUGGUCGAUCACCGCUUUGUCCUAAGGUUCCCCGAUGGUUUACCAAGUGAUUCAGGCGCGCCGUUGCUCUGUGGUGGAAUCACCGUGUACAGUCCAAUGAAGUACUACGGUAUGACUGAAGAAACAGGGAAACAUUUAGGUGUGAAUGGACUUGGUGGACUUGGUCAUAUCGCUGUGAAGAUUGGUAAAGCCUUUGGUUUAAAAGUUACUGUGAUUAGUAGGUCAUCGGAAAAAGAGAGAGAAGCAAUUGAUCUGCUUGGUGCUGACUCAUUUCUCGUCACAACGGAUUCUCAGAAGAUGAAGGAAGCAAUUGGAACUAUGGAUUUCGUGAUGGAUACGGUAUCAGCGGAACAUUCUCUGUUACCGCUGUUUAGUUUGCUUAAAGUGAAUGGAAAGCUUGUGACUUUAGGCUUACCAGAGAAGCCACUCGAGCUACCAAUCUUCCCUCUCGUUCUCGGAAGGAAAAUGCUGGGAGGAAGUCAGACUGGAGGGAUGAAGGAGACACAAGAGAUGCUUGAAUUCUGUGCCAAGCAUAAUAUCGUUGCGGAUAUCGAGCUCAUAAAGAUGAGUGAUAUCAACUCUGCCAUGGACCGCUUGGCUAAAUCUGAUGUUAGGUACCGGUUCGUGAUCGAUGUGGCCAACUCCUUGAGUCCUGCUUGA